AUGGACGCCUAUUGUGAUCUUGAAGUUGAUGUCAACGGAGAAGAGGUUUUCAUGGUGGACAAGAAAGUUCUAUCAUCUUAUUCGGGAAGUAUAAAAAAGAUGUUUAGCAAAUCAAAAGGUGGAAAACGAAAUCUGAAGGUGAUAUACCAUGACUUUCCCGGAGGAGCUGAAAAUUUUGAGCUCAUCACGAGGUUCUGCUACAACAACGGCAACAUUGACAUAAAUCCUUUUAAUAUCACUGACCUAAAUUGUGCUGCAUAUUUCAUGGAAAUGAACAAAUGUGUCACUGGAAACAAAAAUUUACUUGAGCAAACUGAAAAAUCGCUUGAAGGUAUCAAGUAUUGGACAUGGUCCGAACUUAUGGCAGCUUUGAAGCGGUGCCAAGAUUUCUUCCCAGUCGCAAGCUCUUCGGGUAUACUUGAAAAAUGCUUGGAUUCUCUUCUUGGAAGGGUUGCAUCAUCCUGUGAAACAAGUCCGUGUCCAUCCGUCUCUUCACCUGAUAGUUCUAAAUUUCGGGCAUCAUGCGACACAAGAAGUAGCGAGAGCUUGAAAAGCAGCUUCCUUCGAGUUACCUGGUGGUUUGAAGACCUCGUACAGUUGGAUAUUCACGUGAUUGAAAUGUUGGUGAAGUCAAUGGUAUCUAGAAACUUAAACCAUAGUAUAAUUGGUAAGUUUCUCUUUCAUUACCAAAAAGCAAGAUUGGCUUCCACCUUUUCAGACGAGAAAAUUAGGAUGGUUGAAACAGUUGUUGAGAUGAUUUAUUCUUUGGAUUUAAGCACUGUGUCUUACAAGAGAUUGUUUGGGAUGCUUAGAGUUUCUUUACAUGUAAACAUAAGAAAAUGCUGCAGGAACAAGUUGGAGAGUAUGAUUGGUUUGCAAUUAGAUCAAGCAACACUAGACGAUUUGCUUGUUCCAUCUCCAGUCCGGGCACGUUACUUGUACGAUGUAAAUCUGGUUCUUAGGCUCUUGAAAUCAUUUCUUGCAAAAGGAGUAUGGUGUUUGCCAUUGAGUCGACUGAAGAAAGUGGCAAGCUUAGUAGAUUUAUAUAUAGCUGAAGUAGCUCCCGAUCCUCAUCUGAAACCAUCGAAGUUCUUGGCUCUAAUUAUGGCCAUGCCGGACUCUGCUAGAGACUCUUUUGAUGGAAUCUACCAUUCCAUAGAUUUGUAUCUAGAGGUUCAUUCGGGGUUGUCUGAAGAAGAAAAAACGAGAGUCUGUAGUGUACUAGAUUAUGAGAAACUAUCAUCCGAGGCCUUAAACCACCUCGCUGCAAACACAAAGUUCCCAUCAAAAUCUGCAGUUGGAGCCCUUAACUUUCAGCAGCGCAGACUCAAAAACUUGCUUCAACGCACAAAUCAAUCAAAUAGCUUCACCAACUCUCCCAUUUUUCACGAAACAGAGCGCACAGAGGGGAAAGACGAAAGCUGUGAACAAAUUGUGCUUUAUGCAGGAAAUCUCAAUUUCUCAACUGAGACGGAGAGGAUCCGAGCACAUUUACAAGGCAUGCAAUGGAGAGUGCUGGAAUUGGAAAAGAUUUGCAGGAAAAUGCAAAUUCGGAUGACAAAGAUGAUGAAAUCAAGAUUAUCAAACCAAAGCAAUGCUAAUUCUGUACCUAGGCUUUGUUCGUGA